AGAAAAACCCAGAACUGAUUAAACGAACUGCUCGUGAAAGUCCCCGGCUAAUUGAGGCAGGUGUUAAUCACGGCAAUUACGAACUACAAAUUGCGCACCGCACUUGGGAAGUCGCCGCUGGAAUGUUGCAGCCAUCACUUCUGGUGGCGUUGCUGCUCCUGCUGGUGCACUUGGAAAAUGCCAGCGGCAAACCGCCCACCCAGGAGCUGCCACGUCCGCUGAUCCCGCUGGCCCGCGGACAGGACGGACAGGAGGAGGAGGAGCAGCUGCACCCUGAACUGGAGGCCAAGGCGGCAUUCCAAAGGACGCGGAAUGGACGCUCGCGGCGUCCCACCCUGAUGGAUGUGGCCUUGCAGCAGAGUGUGCGGCAGGGACUCGAUGCCAUGGCCGAGCUGUACGGCCGCAUUCAGCCGGAGAUGCUGCGCAAUGGCCAAACCCUGCAGGACAACCAUCCGGCAGCGAUGCUUUCCCGCUUCAAUGCCCCCACCGCGGACUCGGAGCGCCGGGAGAUGGCCGCCUAUGCCACCAUCGCAGCAGCCAAGGCCUUUCGCAAAAACUUCCAGCACAUCGAUGAACUGGCCCGCCAAUCGCACACGCAGCGAAUCUCCCUGCGACGUACCGCCCUGGAGGGCCUCUGUCCGCCGCGGGAUCCGCCGCCCUGCAUGCCCGCCUCGGAGCGGUACCGCACCCACGACGGCACGUGCAACAACAAACGGCGGCCCAGGUGGGGAGCCGCCCAGAUGCCCUUCAACCGCUUCCUGCCGCCGGAGUAUGGCGAUGGCGUGGACACUGUCCGGAGCUCGGCAGAUGGUAGCACCCUGUCCUCUUCACGGUUCGUCAGCCUCCUGGUUCAUGGAGCCCGCGAGGGAGAAGCCCCGCUCACCCUCAUGAUCGCCCAGUGGGGUCAGAUGCUCGACCACGACAUGACCUCCACGGCUCAGCCGCGCUCCAUUAAUGGUUCCAUACCCAGUUGCUGUGGCGGCAAGGACUUCCACCCCGCCUGCUUUCCCAUCAAAGUGCCACUGGACGACCCGUGGUUGGCGCCCCUCAAGGUGCGCUGCCUGGAGUUCCUGCGAUCGGCUCCUGCCCAGAGACGCGACUGCGUGCUGUCCUGGCGGGAGCAGACCAACCAGGUGACCUCCUACAUCGACGCCUCGCCCAUCUACUCGAACAGCGCCAAGUCCUCGGACACGGCCAGGGUCUUCCGGCACGGCCUGCUCGUCUAUGGACGCGGGGAUCCCGCCGAGGAUGUGUGCCAACGCGGGGCCAUUGCCACCAAGUGCAUUCGAUCGGGAGACGGAAGGAGUGGAGAGCAGCCGGGACUGCUGGCCAUGCACCACGUUUGGGUGGGCGAACACAACCGGAUUGCCCUGGAGUUGAGCGAACUGAAUCCCCAUUGGAGCGAUGAGAAGGUCUACCAGGAGACGCGGCGGAUUGUGGGCGCCAUGUUCCAGCACAUCACCUUCCGGGAGUUCCUGCCCGUCAUCCUGGGCAGGGAGGUGGCCAAGCUCUUCGACCUGGAACUGAUGCCCUCGGGCUACUACGAGCGGUACAGCUCCAAGGUGAAUCCCACGGUGGCCAACGCCUUCGCAGCUGCUGCCUUUCGGUUUGGCCACUCGCUGGUACAGAACUCCUACACGCGAUGCGAUCGUCACCACAAUGUGAUUAAUAAUAAUGUCAGUCUGCAUGAGGAGUUCCAGCGUGGUGAUAUUGGCUCGGCGGGUUCUUUGCAUCGCCUUCUGCGUGGACUGGCCUCCCAGCGGGCUCUGAAGCGGGAUGAGUUCAUCACCCCCGAGCUGACCAAUCACCUUUUCCAAACUCCCGGCUUUCCCUUUGGCUUGGAUCUGGCUGCCAUAAACAUUCAGAGGGGCCGGGAUCAUGGGAUUGCUCCUUACAGCGCCUGGCGAGUGCCCUGUGGUCUCAGCCCCAUCCUCAGCUGGGAUGAUUUUGCUAACGUGGUGGGUCCGGAGUCCGCCAAGCGUAUUGGCCACGCCUACCGCAGCGUGCACGACAUCGAUCUGUUUGUGGGCGGCAUCGCGGAGCGUCCUGUGGUGGGCGGUCUGGUGGGUCCGACCUUCGCCUGCAUCAUCGCCCAGCAGUUCAGUAACGCCAGGCGGGGAGAUCGCUUUUGGUACGAGAACGGCGGCUUCGAGAGCUCCUUCACCCCCGCCCAACUGCACUCCCUGCGCCGCGUGUCCUUGGCCCAGGUCCUCUGCCGCACGGUGGGCGGUGGCACCCUGCAGCCGCACAUCUUCAUCCCGGCGGAGUUCGAGGACAACGAGCGACAGACCUGCGGCGUGGGCAGCCUGUCGCCCAUCGAUCUGAGUCCCUGGUUGGAGCAGGAUCCCUUUCACAACCAACAGGUGCCCGAUCAGGUGUUCACCAUCGGGCAACCGGAAUUGGGUUCCGUGCAGGUCAUCAAGGAGGACAAGGCGGGCUUCUCGAACCGGGUGAAGCCGAUGAAACCACAGGUGGAGAUUAGCGCAUCCUCGAACAGCGGUUUCCAUCGACCUCCCAAUGGAAAUUCGAGCAAAGUUAGUGACAAACUUGACCUAAGACGCAAGACGGUGACGAACAACAAGACGAACAACAAUAACCGACAGACCACGCCCCCUCGAAAGACUGUUAAUGGAGUCAACAACAAACUGGACAAAUCACCAAAGAUCACGAUCAAUAUCAAGAGUGUAAAUGUGAGGAGACCCGAGGGAUCGGGUCCCAAGAGGAGGGUGAUUAUCAACAAUGUGCCUGUAGAGCUAAGAAGUUCAGGGGGUAAUGAAACGGACGCAGAGACGGGAACAGGAACUGAAAUCCAGGACGAUUUCAACGAGGACGAAGAAAUGGACAUUGAGGAAGUGGUAGAAGUUAGAGCCAACAGGGAUGACCCUUUAAAGAUAAUUAAGACAGAACUGAACCAAACUGAAACUGACUCAAAGACGACGACAGUUGACCAGAACGAAAGACAGUCAACAGAACAACCCAAAACUGAAAGACGUGACGCCAGAGAGCUUGGACCCCCGAAGGACACAAAGACAGAGGACUCGCGACUACUACACCUUCAAGGCAAUAAAACCUUUGGGAUAAAGCAUUUCCAGACUAGCUCCACAGUCAGCUUGGAACGAUCCACGCGACAGACCAAGGCACCCAAGAUCAGUAAGCCCACGAAAAGGGGGGUGGAACUUAGACAGUACCAGAACAGACCGCUCUAUGAAAGACCCCAGAAGGUGGUGGUCAACGGACCGAACGCCGACCAGUACGAGAUCGAGAUAAACAUAAGACAGACGAACAAGAGUCCGGGAUCACGACCCUCGACGACUGACUACGCUGAAUACACGACUGCCCACAAACCGUACUACGACUCGAACUACGCACCGCACUACGUGGACUAUGCCAGCACCACGCCCAUUCCACUGCCCAGCUAUGGCUACCAUCAGCCGCUCUCCGAGAUUAGCAGUCAGGGUGUAAGGACCAAGCCACCGACGAUUAUCUAUUUGAACGACAACGACGACAGACGGACCACUACCCGGGCACCCAAUAUCUUCCAGAACUUCCUGACCUUCGCCACGAGUGGCUUUAAUCCGCUAGGCAACCGACGACCCAUGCCCACCACUCCUUCGCCCAUCUCCCAGAGCCACAAGGAGCGACCCCAGUUCGAGAAUAAUGUCGUCCACAGUCCCAUUAGCAAUUCACAUAUAAUCGCAGGGGGUUCUUCCUCCUCCUACUCACCGCGACCACCUUCGGUGCUCUCGUAUCCGGUGGCCAGCAGUUCUCAGAUUGGCGGCAAUCCUGCUUCCGGUUUUCUGCACGCCUCCAGCAGCGCAGUGAGUUCGGGUCACUUUGGCAGCAUUUCGGGUGUAGCCACUGCCAAUGGAGCGGACAGCACCUUCAGCUUCAAUAUACGACCACGUCCGAGUCCGGAACUGGGUCCGGUGGUGAGCUCCUAUCCGAGACCUUCUUCCAAUCAGGGGGGAGGAUCUUCCUACGGCCUGGUGGGGCAAUCCUCCUACAGACCCGACUACGUGCCCGCCCAGAGCGAACUGUACUACGACAGAGAACUGAGCACUGACCGUAAUCAAUCGCCAUUUUCCGGAUCUAGACCACAACAGACAUUUUACGGACGGACACCGGAACUUAGGACACCGGAAGCGGGCAACAACAGCAACGAACUGACCCAGACAGAGCACAAACUGUACCUACAGGACUACGACUAUGUGAGCAGGACAUUGUCCAACUUGACCACCGACGAAAGUCAUCCUACUGAACAGGAUUCAGAUUACCUGUACGACGAGGACCUACCUAGCAACGACCUGGACCACACGGAGACCCGAAAGGAGACGGACCCCAACGAAUUGUCCACCAAAAAGUUCGACAAGGACGGCUACAUGAGACCACAACUGAUGCGAGACUCGACGAUUCAGAACUUGACCGGAUCCAACGUGACCUCUCUGGACGACAACUACGUAAUGCCCAUGCUGGAGAACAGGACGCAGACGAACCAGGUGACCGAGGUGCCCAGGCCCAUGCUGUCCACCUCCAGCCGGAGUGUGACGAACAGCAAGGUCACCGUUUUCCCGGACAGCCUGGGCAAACAGUUGGGCAACGACAUUCUCGCCGACGAGACGGACGACUAUGUGGACGGGAACCCGGAGGCGCGGCUGAAGGCCCAGCGGCUGAAGCAAUUGGCCAGCGUGGCCUUCGCACCCAUUACCGUACUGACGAAACCGGACAGACCGGACAACUGGGUGAUCUAUAACAAGGCCAGUGAGGAGCCACCACUGCCACAGCCACCGGCCGUCAAUAUGGAUGUGGCGCCCACCGGAGAGGUGCCCACGCCCAUCAGGAACUUCAACAACGCCUGGCUGAAGCAGGAUCUGAAGGUUCAGCCGGAAAGAUUGCAGGUUCCGCAAUCUACAGAAGAAGUGCCAGCCAGAUCUGAAUCCUCCAAGGAGGCGAGGGAGGAAACAACAACUGUGGCAGCAGCGGCCAGUAACUAGAAAUGCCAAAUUAGCCCUAGAUUACUUAUUUAUUUAUUUCUACUUUAAAAGCACGAAUUAAAAUCCGAAUU